AUGGCGACCGUACAUGAAGCAAGACCUGGUGAUCCCAGGCUCUCAGAUCAUGCUGCAACCGCUGCGCUGUACGUGACACAUCCUGAACGAAAGGUGUCGAUUCGCAGCAGACGUCAAUCAGAGGUGGAGACCCUUGGUGCUAUGGAUCCCUCUAUAAGCCCCCCAGGAGGCCUGACCCUGGCUUCAGCCAGCGCAGCCGCCAGUCUUGCUCAUGCGAACCGCAGACCACUCGAGAUUUGGAGACCAGGAAAGCUGCCAGCCGCAGAGAAGGCGGCGUACCAUGCGAGGGACUACCGUAUCGAGAUACCCGAACCGCAGCCACGAGCGGACAGGCUAAGCGUGGAGGGACUCAAAAACGCAGCAGUGUUAGCUGCGAGAGACAGCAGAGCACUCACCUCUUCCACCCCUCCUCCUCCAAACCAAAAGUAUCAGUAUCUCGCUGAGGAACGCGUCGUUAUGAGCGGUGGUCGGGUCAGGGAAGACAAGGUGAUCCCUUCAGAUGAGAAAGGCGCCCUCCUCGCUGCCACAGGGGCCUUGAGGAACACUAGAAGAAGGGCAGAGUCUGCUCCCACAGAACCUGCGGUACACCCUGAAGCUGGCUAUGCGCUCUCUGCUGCUACGAUAUCACACCAUGCCCCACGACCAAGUGAGGACUACCUGGAAGAGCUUGAGGAGCCAAUCCAGGCUAGCCGGAUACACAACAUAGCAAAGACGAAUGCCCAGCUUUACACCUCGAACCCGCCAGUCGAUGUGGAAACCGAGGAGCAAAUUCGGAAGGACACAUUAAGGGCGGCAGCCAUCUCGAUGGCACAGGAAAUGUACACCAGAGCUCAGAAAGGGGCGCAAGAGGACGAAGGCGCGACCCUCGAAGCAGUCCAGGGCGCUCAAAGAGGUCAUUCCAGGCUAGGCAAACGAACUUCGUUGCCAGGGACUGACGAGUCAGCUACUGCCCGGGCCGUUAACCUGCAGCUAGCGGCUCAAAAGCUCGCGUCGGAGAAGCUUGCCAGAAUGCAGAGUCAGAAUGAGUACGAAAUAUACUACGGGACCGCGCAGCCGCCGCGCGCGCGUCGCUCUGUCACAGGUCGACUGAGGCGGAGAACAUCAAGUGAAACCGAUACAUCCAGACUCGACAUGGAGCGUUCCAUCCGGAUAAGAAAUCAGAUGUCGACCCUGCAGACUCAACUUCACGAAGUGGACGAGAAAAGGCGAAGAGAUCGUGAGGAUCUGAUGGAGAUCGCUAUGAGAAACGCCCGUGCUGCAAUUCAAGAUAUCGACGACAGAGUCUAUGCGGAGACUGGAAAGCCAUCUCCAGCCAUGCAACGAGAAUGGGAAGAGAAGGCGCAGGAGCGUGCAAAGCGUAGUCUCGAGGCCGAGUCUCGUCUGGAUAUGCGUGGGAAAGUAGAGAUUGGCGAACGACAAUACGUGGAUGCCAUUGACGUAGAGGCGGUUGCAUUGUCGCGGAUCCGCCCUACACUCGAUGAAAUUGAUCAGCGUGCGGAGGAACGGAAAGCUCGAGAAAUCGAACGACGCCUAGAUGAAGAGGAGAGGAAGAGACUCGAGGCGAUUGAGCGCGAAAGAGAAGCUGACUUGAAGGCAGCAAUGAAGGCACAAAAAGCGGCGAGCAAAAAAGAAACGAAAGAGCGUAAGGCUGCUGCUGCUGAGCAGGAGAUGUUAGACAAGGACGAUGAAUGGAAGAUCUUCCGAAGAAUGUCCAAGAGAGCCAAGGGCAGAGAGCCUGCUGCCGCCAACGAGGGUCCUACUUCAGGAGCUCAGGAAGCCCAGCAAGCCCAGGAAGCCGUUGCCGAGCAGAGGGCCCCGGAAGAUGAAUCUGGUACCGCAACAGGCGCCGCAGAGCAGGUCAGCCCUACUUCAACGUCUCCGAAAGGAGAAUCUAGGCUCAAACAUUGGUUCAGAUCGACAUUCGGCGCCCGGAGUUCGAAGCAAGCCGCCGAAUCGCAGGAGACAUCGAAGCCUGAGGAGGAGAGCACAUCGAGUUUCGUCGGAGGCGCUGCCCUGACUGGUGCAACCAGAGACGAUGCACGAGGAGCUGCACUUAGCUCCCAUCCAGUCACAGAAGAAGAGCAGCCAAAUGCUAACGGAUAUCAUAAUGACCAGGACGCCGGUGAAGGUGAAGUCGGGCAGUCUAGCGGUGCCUUACGUCAAUGGAGCACAUCUACUGGGCCAUCAGAAAAGGACAUGCGGCAGUCAAAUGGACAUUCUACGAGAAACGGAGAAUCCAGGCGGUCUCGCCUGAAGACCAACUUCAAGGAUAUGAUGAGGCGGCCCGAGAGUCGCAACGGAUCUGCCCUGUCGCCUCCACAAAGCCCAACAACGCCAGGAUUCGAGUCGACAGGUGCUGAUACCAGCAGACCAGAUCCUGUUCGAGCUGACACGGCAGAGCGUAACGAGUUACAGGAUGCCUUCCGAGAAGAGACACUUCCUGCGCCCCCGCCUCUGCGCACUGUGGUUGGACGGACAAGCAGCAGCUCCAACCGAGACUCGAGAUUCUUGGAGGACCUGUGA